AUGCCCAUGAAUAGGUUGUACGACUUGGAUAUGGACGCAACCAAUAUAUCGGGAGUUGUUUUCUCUCCCCAAAGUCACGCAAUCCCAAAGUCGUAUCUUGACCAAAGCCGCUCAACUCUCAAAGGCUCGGACAUCUAUGUGCCCCUUUGCAAAGCCGUCUCAAGUCUUCCAGAAACAUGGCAGGAACUUGCUAGCCAGCAUCCUGAAAUUGCUUCUCUGGAGCAUGGCCUUACUUAUGCAAGAUAUUUUCCCACAUGGCUCGAAACGGGAGAGACGUCGGGUUUGGAAGGUAACAUGUCAGGGAUUGUCACAUUACCACUGUUGACAAUCAUUCAUACUGUUCAAUAUGUUCAAUACCUACAGCAAACCGGCAUUGCACAUGCCGAUUUCCUACCCAGCCUCCGAGCAGGAGGCGCUCAGGGAUUCUGCGCCGGGCUCAUGGCGGCUAUGAUUGUUGCAGUGUCAAAAGACGAAACUGAACUCAUAGCAAAUGCUGCCAAAGCUAUCCGAAUCUCCUUUGUUAUAGGGGCAUUCGGCGAAAUUGGUUGUGAUCCAGCUUUGCUGGAUUCCACUACUAUGGUAGUACGGUUAAAAUCUGGUUCCGAAGUAGAAGACAUCACACGCAAGUUUCCAGAGUCCUACGUUUCUGCGAUAUCCGACUUUAAGACGAUAAGUCUCAUUGCUCCUUCAUCAGAGAUUGCCACAAUCCGGGCGUAUGUCGAAAAGCUGGGACUAUCAUCCAAAAUGAUUCACAUGCGAAGCAAUAUACACAAUCCGAAGAAUAGAGCUCUUGCAGAGGAGCUAUUGGGCUUCUGCCUCGGCAAUGCAGACUUUCAGCUACCAAAUAGUGAUGAUCUGCAAGUUCCCGUACGAUCGAACAGAACAGGCCAAGUCCUCUCAAACUGUUCUCUCACAGCCGAAAUUAUAACUACCAUUCUAACAUCGUGUUGCGACUGGGAUACUGUCAUCAACAAUCUGGCACACGAUCUCCAACAGACGGGAAAUCAGUCUCAUCGUAUAGCUAUGAUUGGCCUCGGAGACUGCAUACCGCUUCCGCCGUUUCAGAAGCACGGCCUUGAUAUAACCAAGUUGGAUAUCAUGUGCAUCACUGAAGGCUUGAAAAAGCCUUUGAGGGAUUAUGGUGUAUCAUCGCUUGAUCUUUUCCCUCCAAAUUCAAUCGCCGUGGUAGGCGCUGCUUGUCGCUUACCAGGAGCUAAUACACUGGAAGAACUCUGGGAGCUCAUUUCUCGAGGAGAAUCCCGGCUUGAAAGUCUACGUGAGGAUCGAGUAAAGCUAACGGAAUCCUUCCGGGCAUCACAAGAUAAAGAUUGGACUACAGGACGAAAAUGGUUUGGCAACUUUGUCGAUGGAAUUGAUGAGUUCGACCACAGCUUCUUUGGUAUCAGUCCCAAAGAGGCAGCAUACAUGGACCCUCAACAACGCCUUCUCUUAAGCUGUGCCUAUGAAGCAAUAGAUGCUAGCGGAUAUCUACAUAACCAUCGACGAGAAAAUGGCGACCCAGUUGGUUGUUUCAUUGGUGCGAGUUAUACUGAGUAUUGUGAGAAUGUCACUGCAUAUGCUCCCUCAGCGUUCGCCGCCACCGGAACCAUUCGCGCCUUUCUUUCUGGUAAGAUUAGUUAUCACUUUGGCUGGACUGGGCCUUCUGAGGUCAUCGACACUGCAUGCUCAGCCUCAUUGGUGGCUAUUCAUCAUGCCUGCCGAGCUAUCCAGGCUGGUGACUGCCCAAUGGCCCUUGCUGGUGGAGUCAACAUCAUCACCGGCAUCCAAAACUACAUUGAUCUAGGACGAGCCGGAUUUCUCAGCAAGUCUGGUCAAUGCAAGCCGUUCGAUGAGUCUGCAGAUGGUUAUUGUCGGGCAGACGGUGUAGGGCUGGUUGUUCUGAAACCACUCAGCCAGGCCGUUGCUGACAGGAAUCAUAUCCUUGGCGUUAUCCCUGCCUCGGCUACGAACCAAGGCGGACUAUCUCAUGGAAUUACAGUACCGCAUGGCGUUGCUCAGAAAGCACUCUAUCGUCAAAUAGUCAAAGCUGCGGGUAUCGAACCCGAGCAAGUUACGUAUGUAGAGUCUCAUGGUACUGGGACUCAAGUGGGGGACCCCAUUGAAGUCGCGAGCAUUCGCGAAGUGUUUGGCGGACCAUCUCGGCCAUCUCCUGUGCACAUUGGAUCUCUCAAAGCCAAUGUCGGCCAUAGCGAAACUGCUGCUGGAGUUGCCAGCCUUCUCAAAGUUCUCGCCAUGUUUGCUCAUCGAAGCAUUCCCCCACAGGCUGGGUUCAAAACAUUGAACCCGAAGAUCCCUGCUCUUGAGCCUGACAAUCUAGGGAUUGCAACAACGCUGAUUCCAUGGAAAGCGAAAUCACGUAUUGCUUGUGUAAACAGUUACGGUGCUUCAGGAAGCAAUGCUGCUCUCAUCUGCUCAGAAUGGAAUGCGGGGAGCGAGAAGCUAAAGAUUAGUUCAUCGUCGUCCUACCCAGUCUUCCUCAGUGCGAAUACGCAAGAAGCUUUGAGAGCCAACGCCAGUCGAUUGGCUUCAUACAUUCAAAAUUCUGAACAAGGAUUGAACAUUGGCAGCGUUGCCUUUACUCUUAGCGAGCGCCGGAAACACCAUCGAGUUCGGUGGUCUACCACUGCGCACAGUCUAUCCGACCUAAUGCAUCAACUGAAAUCAGAUCUUGUAAAUAGCGUUGAAAUACCCAAAACAAGAAGACCGGUUGUUUUGGCCUUUUCGGGUCAAUCGAAGACAAAGAUCGGCCUUGAUCCAAGUCUAUGCGACAUGUAUCCAAGGUUCCGGGCUCAUUUGGAGAGCUGCAAUUAUAUCCUGCGGAAUUUGGGCUACUCAGAUAUCAUGUAUUCUCUCUGCCAGUCUGAGGCCGUCACAGACGUGGUUGCGCUCCAUGCAGGCACAUUUGCUGUUCAAUAUGCUUGUGCGAGAUGCUGGCUAGACGGCGGGUUACAGGUGGACGCAGUAAUUGGCCAUAGUCUCGGCGAACUCACAGCAUUGGCCGUAUCUGGCGUUCUCUCUUUGGAAGAUGCUCUGCGUUUGGUCGCAAAACGAGCGUCUUUAAUCAAGGAGAAAUGGGGCCCCGACACAGGAGCAAUGUUGGCUAUUUAUGCCGAUUUGGAGAUUGUACAGCGCAUCAUAGCGGACUCAGAGACGGAGUUUAUAGACGACGGCGUCGAAAUCGCAUGUUACAAUAGCCCCACCGCCCAUAUUGUCGCUGGGAAGAAAUCGUCAAUCGCUAGAGUUGAGAGAAUAAUUAACGACAGCCCUCAGUUCAACGGCAUUCGGUAUCAGGCUCUUGAUGUUAGCCAUGGCUUUCACUCUAGAUUAACCGAGCCUUUGCUGCCAGAUUUAAUCGAGUUUGCAAAGACAUUAACGUUUAACGAGCCUCGCAUUCCUUUGGAGACUUCCACAAAGAUGCCUGUUAGCGAGAUAGCGCCUAGUUACAUCGCUGAACACUCAAGACAUGGCGUCUAUUUCAGCCACGCCGUUCAACGGCUGGAAAGCCGGCUUGGGCCUUGCGUUUGGCUAGAGGCGGGAUGGCAUACCCCGGUUAUCUCAAUGACUAAAAAAGCACUUCAAAAGACCGAGUCUCAUAGCUUCCAGUCGCUGAGCGGCUCGUCUUCUGCAGUCACCAACGUGGCAGCUAGCCUUUGGAAACAAGGGAUUUCUGUGACUUGGUGGGGAUUCUUCUCUCCUGAAGAAUCGAAACUCCGCCAUGUUUGGCUUCCACCGUGCACAUUCGACAACUCUCGCCAUUGGUUAGAUCAUGUAGAUCGCGCAACCGAAAUUCAGCGAUCUCAGGCCCCAGUCCAGGGCACAAGUGGAGGAGUUACUCCUCAAUCUACCCAACUAGUGAGCUUCGUCGGUAGGGUGGGCAGAGAUGACGAAUUCCGGCUGUAUACUCAGACUGAAAAGUACAGAAACAUGGUUACAGGCCAUGCUCUACGCCAAAGGCCCCUGUGCCCCGCAUCGAUGUACAUGGAAUCCGCAGUGAUGUGCGCCCAAGAGAGAGGGGCUGAUUUUGAAGGACAGACGUUCCAUUUCCGUAAGAUUGGCUUUCACAGUGGUCUAGGCUGCGAUGACCGCCGGGAAGUGAGAGUCAUUUUGGGAGAGGACACAGGUGCCGAUUCAUGGCGAUUUUCAGUUAACAGCACCGAUAAGGAAGAUCCAAAGUCUCUGAAGACAAAACACGCGGAUGGACAUUUCGAGGUAUCAGUAAAGGCGCCAGAUUACCGGAUUUAUGAGGCCUUGAUACUGGAGCGCAUGGAAAGCUUGCUCAAGGAUCGCAAUGCAGAGCAUUUGAUGAAGAGAACUGCGUAUGCCUUAUUUUCAAGAGUCAUUGAGUAUUCCGAUCUGCUGAAGGGUAUUUCGUCCAUCACCCUGGCUCCCGGCCAGGCUGUGGCCGAAAUAGAGGUCCCGGCAGAGACAUUCGACAGCCGCGAAAGCACCGUUGAUCGUUUUAUGGAUGCCAUAUCGCUGGAUACGUUUAUCCAGGUCCUAGGCUUACUGAUCAACACCAGCGGGAAGAGUGCUGGCGAUGAAGUCUUUGUUGCAACCAGUAUAGCUAACAUGACAAUUCUGCCAUGCGACUUUAAGAGCCAUCGAAGGUGGGCUGUAUACGCAAUGUUUAGUAUGGAUGGAGAUAAGCGAGCAGUCGGAGACGUUUUCGUCUUUUCUGGUGAUAGAAAGCUCGUCGUCUUUGGGUCACAAAUCUCCUUCAUAAAAGUCCAAUCCAGCGUACUGGAAGCACUUCUCGAUGGCACCAGCCCGAGAGUGAACAUGACCAAGGCCCGCAGUUCUGAGAGUAGAGUUGAACACAUUCGAUCUCCGGCCAUUGCGAGAGAAGAACCUAGCACAACACAGACACUCGACCAGCGCACAAUAUUGGGCAAUUCUUCUUCAAAGGAGUCACAGAGAUCUGACCACAAGUUCGACGACGUCAAAGCUCUGAUUGCCAGCUACGUCGGAAUAUCGGCAUCCGAUAUUCACGAAGAUGAAAGCUUCAGUAGUUUGGGUUUAGACUCACUUUCUGCUGUCGAGCUUGUAGACGAGCUACGGGUCAAGUUUGGCAUUGAUAUAUCUGCGGGUGAUAUCUUAACUGCUCAAGUGUCCGAGCUUCGAAAUAGUCUUUUAUCUAAUGAGAGAAAAUCGAGCGCGACAACAAAUUCACACAGCACUAUGGUGGGUGAGCUGCCAAAAUCCACACAUGGAGACAAGCUGUUAACAAAUGGCCUCGCUGCUGAACAUGAGGAUAGGCAUGAAAGUGUCAACGGAUAUGCCAACGGCAACGCUACCGAGUAUACAGAUUGCCAUCUAACCGAAGCGCCAAAGCCUCGACAUAUCAGGCACCGGAUUGAAACAGUGACUUAUAAAGAGGUGGAUGGUAUCGAAAUUGCAGCAGACAUCUUCAUACCGCUAGAGCCACCAUUAGAGACCAUGCCUAUAGCAUUGAUGAUUCAUGGUGGCGGUCAUCUAACACUCUCAAGAAAGGCUAUAAGACCCGCGCAAACAUCGUAUCUACUUGCACAUGGGAUUUUGCCAAUUAGUCUGGAUUAUCGACUAUGUCCCCAGGUAAAUAUCAUCGACGGGUCGAUGACAGAUGUUCGAGAUGCCUAUAUCUGGGCAAGAAAGGAUCUUCCCUUGCUCAUGCAGGCUAGGGGUAUCAAAGUUGAUGCUUCAAAGAUUGUGAUUGUUGGUUGGUCCACUGGAGGACAUUUGGCAAUGACUACUGCUUGGACAACGCCAGCAGCUGGGUUGCCUCCUCCGUUAGGAAUCCUUGCAUUCUAUUGUCCAACACAUUAUGACCCUUCAGAUGACUCAUUGAGAAUGGGCAAAGAGUAUCAGCCCCGUACCAUGUCUAUGAAGGAGAUUCAAAACUCGCUGGGAGCUCAGGUGGUCACGAGCCACGCAUUUAACAGCACUGAUACGACGAACAUGGGCUGGGUCAAACCUGGAGAUCCCCGCUCUGAGCUUGUUCUGGCCCUCGUUAAAGAGAAAAACGGGGUAGCCCUGCUGUUAGAUGGUAUCCCCGCUGAUGGAAAUACACUGGGAGUCCCAGAGCCAGAGCGUGUUGCAGCUAUCAGCCCUCUGGCUCAUGUUCAAAAAGGCAACUAUCAUACACCGACCUUUGUCAUCAUUGGAGAUGAGGAUGAAAUUGUUCCAUUUCAUACUUCAGUAAACUUUUUCAAUGCGCUUAGAGAGCAAGGAAUAAAGAAUGGAUUCAUUCCGGUACCAGGUCAGCGCCACAUUUACGACCUGCCGCUGAGUCCCGGAAUGGCGAAAUGGGAUGAUUGGGUGGCCCCAGGUUACAAGUUCUUGUUUGAGAUACUGGGAAUUGAAAGCAAAUGA